CAGACCUAAGGAGAAGUCUGGAGGAAAAGGAGAAGAAGGAGCGUGUUUCUGUGUCUGUAUGUGUAUGUGCUUGAAUGAUUCUGGAAAGUCCACAAAGUUUUUAGUUAUAGCGUAAAUCACAAUAGUACGUCAAGGUACUUUUAGAAAUAUACAAUAAAACCAACAUUUUGGACAAUUAGGAAAAAAACUAAGAAAGAGACUAAUAGAGUAGAUGCCGCAAAGCAACCUGACUGCGAUACUGGAAGCAAAAACUUUUCCCUUUCUCCUUUGUCCGGGUACGGACACACAGAAAAAGCGAAUGAAAGAUCCCUGGAGGUGAAUCCUGACAUUUACUGGAAAAAGGGAAGGAGGAUCUCUUUUUUUCCAAGGCAUCUGUCACAUUCAAGCCUCAUCAUGUCUCUGGCCUCCUUCCACUUAAUGCAGGCCCUAAAAAACUCUCCUGCAGCCCUGCGCAGACACUUUCAACGUGACCGCACAGAAAGCCUUUCCCAUGGAGACCCCAUAUUCAAAGUGCACUACCUAGGUACCAAGAAGAUCUUCUCCCUAGACCUGGAGCAAGCUGAGGAUGCUAUUGACCGGCUCCUGGAUGGUGCACCUGGAAAGUUAUCCAAAGAUCAUGCUCUGGUGGUGCGACCACGAUAUGUGGAAGUAAAAGAGUUGAGCACAGGACGGCAGCUUACCAAGACCUACCUGCACGACAUUGCCUACUGUGCAUCACACACAGCCCAUCCCAAUGUGUUCCUCUAUAUCUGCAGGCAACCUGGACAACAGCUGCAGUGUAGGGUGUUCUGGUGUAGUCGAGUGGAAAGAGCAAAGGAUAUGACAGCCUGUCUGGCAAACUCAUUCCAGAGGGCGCUAAAUGACUGGCAGGAUUGCUGUGCUACACUGCCAAAGGCAGAGGGCAUCGCUAAAAAAGAUGAGACUGACAUUACCCCUGCUGCUGCCAAAGGAUUGACGCUGCCAGCCAGUUUGGGGAAAGUUCGUUGGAAGAAGAAGGGCUCAAUUUCCCGCAGUCCUCUGAGAGCCAUCACUAGACAGGGCUCAUCCAGUGAAAAUUGGCAAUGAGAUUCUCAGCUAUUGGACCACUUGACCCCUAUGGGAUCCUACCAACAAGAAGGCACUUUUCUUUUCAUUCCCACCAUCUUAACAAAAUGACAGAUGACAACGGCUGGGCCUGUCACAGCUUGACUCCAACAAACCUUUCUGUUUAAGACAAUACAGUUUUUACAGACUAAUGUAAGACUUUGGACUGAUGCCAAAGUUGCUGUUCUUACUCCUUUAAAGCACAUACAGUGAUGACUGACAAGGUGGGUUGGGCCAAUAGUUUAUAUAUUAUAUGCUGGUCAUUUUUUUAUGUAUUCUCUAAUUGAUAACAGUAUUGUUUAUAUUUUCAUCUCAAGACUUGAAGCCUUUAAUGACUUGUAUGCAAGUACUUGUCCAUAUAUCAAAAGUUAAGUCAAACUGACCUAACUUUUGGGUAAGGGUAGAAAAGUUAAUAAGAUAUUUUUCCCUUUUGCUUGUAUGGUGGGAAAAAACACAUAAUCCAGAAUUGGUGCUUUUGUUAGGCAUGUUGCAUAAUUGAUUUGUGUAAUAACUGGGAGGAUGCAGAAACCACAAUGGUGCAAUGUAAGUUCUGUCCCUAUUGCCACCCAAAACCACAGAUGCAAACCACCACAAUUACAUGUUGCACACAAUUUCACAUAUAGUUUGGUGCAGUUACUAACCACCGGACAAUUGACACACUUCUCUACCAUUAGCCUAUAUUAUCUUUUGUUCCCUUAACACGUGCAAAUUGUAAUUAAAAGGAUUAAGUUGAUUAUACUUUAUAUUAUCUAUAUUAAGAUUAGACUUGAUCUUCCAGAAUUAAUCCUACACUACAGCGGUCAUGUAUGAUUCAUGUAGUUCCUUUAUACCUAACUAUGAAGUUCAAUAAUAAGCCAGAAAUUUCCAGAGAGAAAAUAAAUAGCACAGUGAGUGAGAGAACACAAUGUGCCCUUAGCGGUCGUGUAGGAUUCAUGCCGUGCACCUGCAUUCCAAAAGGAACUUUUUUAAUCCCUUUAUGCUCCUUCUAUUUUAGUCUAUUUUCUGCCUAAAACUUUGGGUUUUAAACAUCAAUUUGACUUU